UAUAUAGCAUAUAUUCAUAGUUUUAAGGACGUUAAAUGUAAAUGUAGUGAUAAAACCCGCAUCUGGACAAACAGGGCCUUAAGAGAGGUAUAUCUAUUCACAUUGUAUAAUGUUAUUAAGCGCAUUGUUAUUGUAGGACAUCGGACGGAUCGAAAACAAAAAAAAGAAAAUCCAUCAAUACUACCAGCUACUGCACAAAACAUUUUAAAUGGAUAUUUUACGCGAUUUCGUUGUUUUUGCUUUACUUUUGUCGUACAUUGUUGUAAAACAUAGUUAUACGUAUACACAUACUUGGAAUUCGAGAGUUACAGGCACAUACCAUAAGUGGUACGAUAUAUAUUAUGAUGCGAUAACAAAUAAAAAGAUACCGAUGCUUCAACGGUUUGGGGAUCGACAAGAUGAACCAAGAACUGCACGAUUUGGAAGUAUACCAUGUUCAUGCCAAGAUUUGACGUGCGGUUGUUGUGCACAGUUCAACGUACGAUUUUUCGAUUACAAUAAAAAAGGAUGUAUGAAUUUCACUUACGAUCCUUAUGACUUUGCAAUCACGGGAAACAUGUUUAUGGACGACGAGUCAAUGUACGAGUACAAGGUAUCCGCUAAAAAUCCACCGCCGGCAUGUCUACGAGUUCCUGUGCCGUACUUACCCUCGAUGGACAUGUGCAUGAAAAUGUUCGACAUCUACACGCCCGGUAGAAACUUGCACGCGUGCGUCAAUUUCGUCACGCGAAUCGAACACGCCGAAGUGCUCGUGUUGGAAUUCGAUUGUUUCGUGAUCGGCCGCGACGGCUUGAACAUGCACAAGUACAAUACGACCUCGUCCACGACCGCCACUGCCACCGCUGACGACGAAACUACUACUUCUACUACUACGACUAUGUCUUCUGCUACAACGACAGUGCAGACAUACGACACGACGGCGCCCGACCUGGACAUUACUGUGGCGGAGGUGAUCGCGCACUGACUGCGGUUUGCGCAUACAGAAGGGAAAAAAACAUCACGAAAAUAAUUAUUGUAUAUUUUUUUGCAAUUUAUUUGGUUUUAUUAAUUAUACUCAUAAUAAAGAAAACGCGAUCGGCGUUAUGCGAUAUAACGAGCUACAGGAAAUAAUAAUCCAAAAAAAAAAAAAAAA